AUGGUUCUUUCUCCAUUUUCAAAACUGAUUAAACGAGAAAGAUGGUUUUUUAAACCAUCAAAAAAGUGUAAUGGUUUAAUCACUACAAAAGAUAAAGUUAAGGGACUAAAUCAAGAAAAUGAUGAAAAUACAAGUGGAAUUUUUGCUCUUUAUUUUGACCUAACUCCUCAUUCAUCAUUCUGCGGUUUUACCCCAAUCUCCCCUUACGCCAUUAUCGAUCGGACUUCGCUCUAUAGGGGAUCCUCUCACUCUUGUUUGCUAUGUCGUUCGCCGCUUGCUCCUUCAAUUGAUAGAUUUUUCUCGAUCGUCUUCCUCCCUACCAGGUUCUGCUCCACUCUACUUCUUGAGAUAAAGUUUCUUAGCUUAGGUUCCACUCCACUCCACUCUGCUCCAGAUUGGAAAGAGAAAAAACAAACAUGCUAUUGUUGGAUUUGAUGGUUCUCAAAAGGUGAUUCAUUUUGUUUUGCCAUUUUGGUUGAGCAUACGUGGCGGUUCAAAUCUACAUUGUUUGGUUGUAUUUGUAAUUAGUAUCAGUUUUGGUGAUUAGACAACCUUGUAGAAUAAUUUUCGAUGAUAUAAUAUAUCUAUAAAAUCAAUGUAACUAUUAAAUUUAUAUUUACUAUACUUUUAUAUAUUUUUAUGAAUAUUAUAAUUGGAAAAU